AUGCAUGCACUACACUUUUGCUGCUGGAGCAGCAGCAGCAGCAGCAGCAGCAGCAGCAACAGCAGCAGCAGCAGCAACAGCAGCAAUAACAAAGCCAACACCAGCACCAGCACCAGCAACAGCAGCAGCAACUCCAGCAGAAGACAGCCGCAAGAGCACGGCUUGUCACAAAAGCAGCAGCAGCAGCAGCAGCAACAGCAGCAGCAGCAGCAACAGCAGCAACAGCAGCAACAAGAUCAGAGCCCGCCGCAGCAGAGGCAGCGGCAGCAGCAGCAGCAACAGCAGCAACAGCAGCAACAAGAUCCGAGCCCGCCGCAGCAGAGGCAGCGGCAGCAGCAGCACUGGCAGCUGACCAUGCGUAACUCGGGAAACUGCUGCUGUGGGGUGCUGCUGCUGCUGCUGCAGCAGCAGCAAAAUGUUGUCGGGUUUGACGUUUCUGUGCACUGCAGCAGCAGCAUGCAGGAAGCAAAGCGACUGCAGCAAACCCUCGAAAACCCUCAGCGCCAGCCACCUUUUAAACCUCGCAAACUCCGGAGCCAAAAACCCCAGCAGCUCCAGCUCCUGCAGCAGCAGCAGCAGCAGCAGCAGUAG